UAAUCCGAACAUCUGUUAUGUAAUAAGCGUUUAACAUCUUACGUUGUUCUUCAAAUAAGAUUCCGAUUUAUGCGAUUGGGAAUACGAAAGAAAGAACAGCGCACUUUUAAUGUUUGCUGUUGCUGUUGAUGAUGAUGAUGAAACGUUGUUAAUUGCAAAAGUACAUUUCGUUUAUUGCUUUAAUUCCUGAUCGAACAAAACGUGCAGACUAUGCCGAACGCACACUCUCACACGCUCAGUCCACGCACUCAAACAGACACACUCACACACCUGCUUCGUUUACUUGGCUUUGCAUCGACCAAAUAGAAUUGCGGAAGGUGAAAUAGUGUUAGUGUCAGUGCGCUAGUCCAGAGGCAAGUUUGCUUUUAUUUUGCUUUCGGAGUUGCGGUUUAGUGGAUGCACUUCUUACAUCCGAAGAGACGAUAUUUUUGUAUCAAACAUCAAAUAGACAACAACAAUAACAAAAUGAGGUUCGCUUUUGAAUUUCUGGUAUCUGUUUACUGCUUCUUCGGAAUGUUAUCAAUUGGUUCUGGUCAGGAUUUUGGGUACGAGGGAACCGUAGGUCCAAACUUUUGGGGUGAGAAGUACCAUCACUGCAUUGGUAAGCACCAAAGUCCGAUCAACAUCGAGGAGCACAACGUCGAGAUGGUCAAGUUGUUCCCGAUGCAAUUCGAGAACUUCGAUUUCGUGCCCGAAGAAGCUGUGAUCAAGAACAACGGACACACAGUUAUCGUUACGAUCAAUUCGACGAAAAUGCCUUUGAUAUCUGGUGGACCUCUGCUUGGGAAAUAUCAGUUCGCGCAGUUGCAUUUCCAUUGGGGCUCCGACGAUUCCGAAGGAUCCGAGAACAAGAUCAACAAUAGCAGUUAUCCUAUGGAAUUGCACAUGGUAUUUUUCCAGAGGGCUUACGGGACGAUCCAAGAUGCAAUCGAUCAUCCGGACGGUUUGACCGUUUUAUCCUUCCUGUACUCGAAUGCUGAAGUUGAGAACAGCAACUACAAUGCGAUUACUGAGGUUCUGCCUGAUAUUGAAGAGGCGAACACUUCUUUGACGAUGACGAACAUGCCCACGUUCGAUCAGAUGCUGAUGAAGAAUAGGUCCAUCUACUUCACGUACGGUGGUUCUUUGACGACGCCGCCUUGCUCUGAGGUGGUCACUUGGAUCGAGUUCAAAAACACCAUUCCUUUGGCCCAUUCUCAGGUAAUAUUUAUAUGA